AACUUUUCUAAGCUUUCAGUAUAUAAUUGCACGAUGUAUAAAUCAGAACCUCCAGAAGAAGCCAAAGAUUUCAUCGAAUUUGUCAACAAGUCACCCUCUCCCUUUCACGCGACACAGGAAGCUGCAGAAAUAUUGAAAGCGAACGGGUUCAAAGAAAUCAAAGAACGCGACAGCUGGAAUGAUGGACUUAUUCAACGUGAAGGGAAGUAUUUCUUUACACGAAACGGCUCCGCUAUUAUUGCCUUUCAAGUAGGCGGUAAAUACAACCCGGGAAAUGGAUUCUCUAUCAUCGGCACUCAUACCGACUCACCUUGUUUAAAGCUUAAACCAGUCUCUAAGAAAGAGAAAACUGGUUAUCUUGAAGUAGGUGUCCAGCUAUAUGGCGGUGGUAUUUGGCACACUUGGUUUGAUAGAGAUUUGAGCGUUGCUGGUCGUGUUCUUAUUCAACAAGAAGAUGGUACAUUUAAGCAUACUUUAGUAAAGAUUGACCGACCUAUUUUACGAAUCCCUACCCUUGCAAUUCACUUGGAUCGUACUGCUAAUGAGAAUUUUAAAUUCAAUAAGGAAACUCAACUAGCUCCCAUCCUUGCUACGGCUACCAAAGCUCAGUUAUCCGGUAUCGAACCUACUGAAGGUGUUGAAGCUGAAGCAAACCACCACCCAAUUUUGAUUCAUAUUCUCGCUGAGGAAAUGAGUGUCAAGCCUUCACAAAUUCGUGAUUUCGAAUUGGCAGUAUAUGACACUCAAAAAUCCGUUAUUGGUGGUGCUUUCAACGAGUUCAUUUUCUCACCGCGACUCGACAAUCUAGAAAUGUCCUAUUGUGCCGUGCGAUCUUUAGUUGAAGCUAAAGGGUUGGAAAAUGACAGUAACAUCCGUGUUGCUGCACUUUUCGAUAACGAAGAAGUAGGCUCUUUGACGGCCCAUGGUGCCGACUCUAACCUUUUGCCUGCAACGCUUCAACGUUUAGCCAACACCAAGGUAGUAGAUGCUUCUAAAGAGGUUUCUCCAACAGCAUUCGAAGAAGCUAUUCAUAAGAGUAUUUUGGUCAGCGCUGAUAUGGCCCAUGCUGUUAAUCCUAAUUAUGCUGAUAAACAUGAGGAAAAUCAUCGCCCUGAAAUGCAUAAGGGUACGGUGAUCAAAAUCAAUGCUAAUCAGCGUUAUGCUACUACAGCUGUAACUGGUUUCGUGUUGAAAGAAUUGGCAAAGAAGCAUCAAAUUCCCUUACAGGAAUUUGUCGUGCGUAAUGAUUCUAGCUGUGGAUCCACUAUUGGUCCUAUGCUAAGCGCCAAACUUGGUUUAAGAACAGUGGACAUUGGUAACCCCCAAUUAAGUAUGCAUUCUAUCCGUGAAACAGGAGGUACUGACGAUAUUAAACACGCCAUUGACUUGUUCAAGGUUUUCUACGAAGAAUUUGCAGAAUUAGACCAGAAAAUUAUUGUCGACUAAUCAUCAAAAUUCUUAAUAAAGCGC